CAGCAGCUUUCCACGCAGCCACGCUCGGCUGUUGUCCACCGUCCCGAUGCGUAAAUAUUCCAAAGAAAACUCGUCUUUCCUCCAGACAGAGACACGGGGCGCCGGGUUGGCAAUGGAUAGAGCGUUUUUUAUGUUCUGAUGGUUCAAAGUAACCGAUGCCGGACUGAAUCGACUUUACACAGGCUACCUGAGAGGAUUGUUGUCGGUCGCCCUCUUUGCGAGACACACCAACAUAUACCUGCUUCGAGGUUAAAAUGAGGGAGAAGAUGUGGAUAUUUCACAGUGCCGACAAUUCAAAGCGUCUUUUUUCUACUUGGAGUCAGUGGUAUUUGUAUUACGCUGCAGUGGUGUGUUUGUUGCUUUCGCCCGUCAGAACGGAUGAUGCUUGCCCGUCGUCCUGCAUCUGUGCCAGAGAGUCGGGGACGGUGACCUGCCGUGAUGGGGGGGACACCGAGGUACCGGGAGACAUACCGGAGUGGACGUCCACCUUGAUACUCAAGGGGAGAAACAUCUCAACUUUACAGCGUGGUGCGUUCAUGACCAACGGCACUGAGUUGGAAAUAACGACACUCUCGCUGUCCUAUAACGGGAUACAGGUUAUUGAACCUUAUGCUUUCCUGGGGCUCCCCCAUUUGCAUUUGCUGGAUCUGAGCCACAAUCAAUUGGAGUCUAUUUCAGCCAGGGCUUUCCACGGAUUACCUGAGCUGCGCUCUCUUUACCUAAAUGAGUCAAUUUUGCCUCCGGCUACGGCACAACUCUUAAAUGCGCUCAACACACAAAGUUUGCGCAACCUCCACAGACUGGAGUUGGCGGGAAACAGACUGAAGUCUAUUCCCUUGAUGAGAUUAGACAUCUAUAACCUCCACGCGUUAGUGCUGGUAAAUAACUCCAUAGAGAGCAUCGGGUGGGAAAACGUCACCAAUCUGUACCAGCAGAUGCGCAUACGCGUCUACUUGUCUUUAAACCCGUUUCGGUGCAACUGUGACCUGGAGGCGUUUUACUACUGGUUGAAGAACUCAUCCCAGUGCCCGGACGCAGGGCGUCUCCUGUGCAGCGAGCCGGAGGCCAAGAGGGGGAUUCCUGUGGAGAAGCUCCGGGGCGAGGACGUGGAUUGUAUGAACGAGAACCUUGAGGCGGUUUCAUACGUGUUCCUCGGUAUAGUGUUGGCUCUGAUCGGGGUGGUGUUUCUAAUGGUGCUGUAUCUCAACCGGGGAGGCAUCAAACGGUGGCUCAACAACAUCAGAGAGGCGUGUCGAGACCAGAUGGAGGUCUAUCAUUACCGGUACGAGCAGGACUCAGACCCGAGACUGGCCAACGUGGCUGUUUAACCCACUGAAACAUCAAGCCAGCGCUGUGUACUGAGGGGACACGGGAGGCAAGAAGUACUUUAUCAAAAAGACUGGGAACAUUCCCCUCCAGUGCCCUGUCACGGCCAGAAUCAAUAGUUUUUAAAACCAGUUUCAUCAUUCUCAGCAGCUGACCCAUGAACUGCAGGUGGUAUCCCUCAGUCUGGGAUAUGCACAGAGCCAAAGACAUUUAAACGACUUCAAGAGACUAUUGCGUAUUCAUCUUGCACAACUGAAUACUUAAACUUCUGAGCAGUAUUGUACAUAUUGUAUAUAAGUAUCUCCUUGAGAGCAAUGCUUUUCAUGCAUCAUGUUAACAGCAGUUUGUCAGACUAACUUAGUAUUAUUUAUCUUAUUAAUCAAGAGGCAAAUAUACAAGAAAUGUACAUAGAAUUCAUUUGAAACGCUGGAAUGAAAUGGUUAAUAAGUGGUAUUACUGAAAACUGCAGCCCUGGCAAACUGUUUAAUAGUCUUCAUUCAGGAAACCCUGCAGGGAGAACAAGGUAUUUCUGCUUCCAAUCUACUGAGGGAGAGCGUACUGCAAAGUGAGAGAGAGAAAAGUGAUAGAUAUGGGGAGAUGGUGCAGGUAAAAUGAAGUGAGGAAGCUGACAUUGUUCGUUGGAGUGCCGUGUUCAUGCAAGCAGGCGACGCUGGAGUUAACUGUCACAUUUCAUCAGCAACCACAUGAGAUAAUUUACCAACCUUGUCUUUAUGAACAGUAUUUGAUCUCUAAAAAUAACAUGUGUGUCAUCUGAAACCAAGUCAGUGAAGGGGCACAAGAGGAAGAAACUAAAUCUAACCAUGCAUGUGAUUGUUGUAGGCAUAGAAAACCAACCAAAACAUUAAUAAAAAGGUCAAAUAAAAAUGGUGAGUUAGCAGUGUUCUUUACGUCAGCGCGUUUUAUCAUCACUGUCAGGAAAUGUUGCCAUGAUGCAGCACUGUGCCAGACGUUAAACAGAGGAAUUUGUUUCCCUGUUGCAUUUUGUAAAAAAUAAAAUUGUAAAUUUGCUGGAAGCAGGUGUGAGUUGAGUGCGUCUGCUCUCUGUGACUCAUACUCUGAACUACAUUAAGACGUCAUGUUGUCACCACUACCUCUGAGCUCAGCAGAAGAAAAAAAAAGGUCUAGGCUAUUUCAUU